GAGGUAAACCGUCUCUUUCUAUUCGAGUACAUCAUACAGAGGCUAAUAUACUCAUUUUUCUUCAUAAAUUCUUUUGAUAUAUAAUCAUGGCCUGCAAAUCAAAUCCCAAUUUCUUCUUUUUCUUUCUGUUUACCAUUUUCAUCGAAUUGAGAUUCGCCCAGCAGAUUUCGCGUACUGAAAUUGUUCCGAAAGACUGUAAUGGUCGUUGGAUUCACAUCAGAAACCUCCCUUCUCGGUUCAAUCUCGAUCUCCUUUCCAAUUGUUCUGAAUACCCUAUUUUCGAUGAUUUUUGCCCUUAUUUGGCAAAUCACGGCCUCGGUCAGAAGACUCACAAUCGAUCUCAUAGUUGGUAUAGGACAGAUCCUUCAAUGCUUGAAUUGAUUUUGCAUCGCCGAAUGCUUGAAUAUCCAUGUUUAACCUCCGAUCCCGAUUCUGCUAAUGCUAUUUAUCUUCCCUAUUAUGCCUCCAUUGAUGCCCUCAAGUACCUCUACGGCCCUGAAGUUAACUCCAGUGCCGAGCACGGUCUCGAACUUUUUGACUUCCUUCAUCAUAACCAACCGGAAAUUUGGAACCGCCGUGGAGGCCAUGACCAUUUCUUGGUCAUGGCGAGGCCGGCCUGGGAUUUCUCUCAGCCAUUGGAGAACGAUCCCCCGAUUUGGGGCACUUCUUUCUUGGAAUUGCCCGAGUUUUUUAAUGUCACUGCGUUAACACUCGAGGGCAGAGCUUGGCCGUGGCAGGAGCAAGCAAUUCCUUAUCCCACUUCAUUCCAUCCGCCCAAUCUCGCAUUCUUGGAGUCUUGGUUGCAGAGAGUUAAGCGAUCUAAACGCACUACUUUGAUGCUGUUUGCUGGUGGGGGCGGCAUCUCGACGACUCCUAAUAUCCGUCGGAGCAUCCGGGACGAAUGCAAAAACAGCACCGAUGGCGACUACACUAGCAACUCUGGCAGUGGCCGCAAUAGGGAUGGCAGUCCAUAUUCGAACUUGUGUGAAGUUGUGGAUUGCUCUAAUGGAAUAUGUGAGCAUGACCCUGUUAGGUACUUGAGGCCAAUGUUGCAGGCAACCUUCUGCUUGCAGCCACCGGGAGAUACCCCGACACGGAGGUCGACUUUCGACGGGAUUCUUGCUGGGUGCAUACCGGUGUUCUUCGAGGACCUCUCGGGGAAAUCCCAAUACAAAUGGCACUUACCAGACAAAGAGUUUGAGGAAUCCACAGUGACAAUACCCAAAGAAGAUGUGGUGUUCAAAGGGGUGAAGAUUUUGGAUGUGUUGAUGGGGAUUCCUAGAGCGAGGAUCAGAAGGAUGAGGGAGAAGGUGAUCGAGUUGAUUCCUAAAGUGAUGUAUAGAAAGCAUGGAAGUUCAUUGGGUUUAAGAACAAAGAAAGAUGCAGUUGAUAUAGCCAUUGAAGGAACACUGCAGAAGAUUGGUAUGAGAGUGCAAGAAUUGAAUUUAGAGUAACAAAUAGAUGUUGGUUUAAUGUUAUUUGUUGCUAUAGAGUUGUCUUCACGUCCUUUUUUGGCUUAAUUUAUGUAAUUAUCUAUUAAUUUUUUGCCUUGCAUGCUUGGUGAAUAAGAGAAUUUUGAGCAGAACUGUGUGGA